CUUCUUGAAAUGGAGAAUAGAAUGGAUCUGUCUCUAGAGCUACUGCAGAUGUACACUACUACAUGUCCCAACAAUCCGAAUUCUUUUCGAUAUCUCGCCCAGUGGUAUACUCGAAACCUACAGAAGCAUCCUAGAUCUGAUUCCGACUAUUCUCCUCUUUCAUCACCUGAGACCAAACGCAAGAAGACACAAGAUCAUUAUCUUGCCCUCAUAGAGCUUUAUAAACGCCUUUUGCCAUGCCAACGACCUUCUGGCAGCCCAGAAGGCAAAGCUGAAGGAGCUGCUAUCCUUAAGGAUCUUACCACUCUUGUAAAAAAUUGUGGAUCUUCGGGUAAUUUCAUAGAGAUAGUCGAGUUGGUUUUCACGUUGCUUGAUCAUCCUUCAUGGGCUCUUGUUGAGGAAUGUUGGAGUCUGCUGGAAAAAGCCUCUAGGAAAGCUGACAGGAAGAGGUGCGUCUCUACAGCGAUGUUUUAA